AUGAUAGAGAAUACUAUUUCUCCUAAAGAAAGUGAAGAAAGCCCAAGAGAAUUUUACAUUUCCGAGAGCCAAAAUAGUGAAAAAUAUGAGAAAAUUUGCUUGCAAACUGAUAACCAACUUCAUCGCUAUGUACAGCUUUCAUGGGAUGAUGUAAAUUAUUAUGCGUCCACUAAAGGCAAAACUCUGCAUAUCUUAAAAAGCAUCUCUGGAUAUGCAAAUCCUGGAGAGUUUUUGGCUAUUAUGGGUGCAUCUGGCUCAGGCAAAACUACAUUAUUGAACAUCUUGGGAAAUCGAGUAAAACGUGGAAAUAAAGCAGAAAUGACAGGAAAAAUCACCGCAAAUGGUAAAGAUGCCAAAGAAUUUAAUACAAGUAAGUACGCAGCCUAUGUAACCCAAGAUGAUGUUUUACUGCCUGCAUUGACUCCAAGAGAUUGCCUAAUGUUUUAUGCUAACUCUUAUUAGCAAGAAAACAUUAUUUUUAUUAUUAAUAGAAAUUUAUAUUGUCAUUUUUUUUAAAAAAACAUCACAAUUAUAAAUAAUUUUUAUCUUCAAAAAUAAUAAAAAUGCAGAUUCAGUAAGCUGUUCUAUUUAUUACUUGGAGGAAUAAGCUAAGAUGCCCUGGAACAGAUAAAGAAAGACAUGCAAAGGUAGAAAAAAUCCUUAAUGACCUCAACAUUGCAGGGAUUUCUGAUAAUCUGAUAGGUAACGCAAUAAUCAAAGGAGUUUUUGGUGGAGAAAAAGAAGAGAGUUUCAAUAGGAAUCGAACUCAUGUCUGAUCCUUGCAUUAUUAUGCUAGACGAACCGACUUCGGGUCUAGACAGUUAUAA